AUGAACACUUCUUCCCAUUCAUUAUUUGCAGAACAAUCACAACAACAUCAUCAACAACAACAACGAAAACCUGGCCAUCAUGAUCAUUCAAUCAUCAUUUCGGAACAAGACCAUCCACUAUACGAACAAGAUGAAACAAAUAAUCCAAAACGAUUUUCAGUAGCCUCCGUAGCGUCCUCAGUAGAUUUUGAAUCAUCCAUUCAACUUAAACCAUCAAUAUUUUCAAUAUCCGUUGAUUUAUUGAUUAUUACAUGUUCGUUAGGAUUGGCUAUUUGGGGACUCGUUUAUUUUACGAAAUAUACAAAUUUGCCAAAAGCAAGGCUUUUUUUAUUUCAACAUUUACAGCACGAAAAUAAUCAUUUAAAUAUUGUAAAUAAUUUAUUGAAUCAUGAUUCGGGUCAAUUGGUAGAGGAGCAGCAAUACUAUUUAUCAUUUCAACGUUUCACCCAUGCAUUGACUGAAUUUGGAAUGAAUGCAUUGAAAAAUACUUUUAAUACCACAACGAACACCACAGCUUCUUGCAAUUUUUCAGAUUUAAAUACAUCAAUAUUUAAUAUGGUAGCUGUGGUAUCGGUGAGUGACCUUGUUGCAACCGUCUUGUCUAUCGCAUCUGUUGCUUUGGUAUUAAUAGCAUUAGUUAAUGCUGGAAGAAAAUUAUUUUUAAUGACUGAAGUGGAAGAUGAAGAGUUUUAUUCUCGUCUCAAUGUUGGGAGCGUGGAGAACAGUGGUAGUACCAUGCGUUCAAGCGUGGAAAUGGAUAAUCAAAGUACCGCAAAAUUUAAUAGCAUUUCAAUGACCACUGGCUCGAACACCUUGGAAGUUGAACCAUCUUCUGCUAGAAAUCGAACGUUAGCGAGAACCACUGGUAGUUUUAUGAGUAAUUUAGCUCCACCUUCUAAUUUCAAUAAUUUGAGUGACAAUAAUCUGCAGCGAGGAAGAAAAUCGGUCAUUGUGACACCGGGCAAGAAGAACCGGCUUUUCCUGGCCUCUAAUAUUUUGACAACAUGUCGAAUUUUCUCUGGAAUUAUUUCAUUUGCAUUGACGUUGGUCAUUACUUCUGUUCUCUUUAAUGCUGAGCAAGAUACUGUGUGUGCUGAUAACACAAAUUUUAUGAGAAGUUUACAAGCCUUACGAGAUUUAAUACUUCCCUAUAUUAUCACUCAAUUUGGAGUAAUGGUGUUAAUCUCAAUUAUUGUGAUUGUCAAGUUAAUAGUAAUGUAUUGGCUGUUGGCCAAACCAACUUCGUUUCUCAAACGAAAUGUCACCAAGCUUUUUACUUCCAAACGAAAAAAAUCAGAAAUAAACGAUCGUGACAGACCUUAA